AUGUAUCCAAAAAUUGUCUUGGGGGUGACACGUUUUAUUGAUGAAUCUUUCAUUGGUGUAGUCAAUACAGCAUCAUCGCCGUUUAAAAUUUCAAAUUUGUCUAAAAUAGAUUUGCAGCAGUCAGUAUCUGCUUCUAAUGAUUCAAAAGUAUCUGAACAUAAUGAAAAAAUUUAUGAAUUGCUUCAAAAGAUGAACCGAACAAUUUGUAAUAUCAAAUAUGAUAUUAAUUCAUUAAAUGAGAAGGUUGAUAAAAUGUAUGAUAUAUUAUUGGAACCAAGUCGAUUUGAAAAUUCAUCUUUAGAAAAAAAUACUGAAAAUAUAUUCCAAACUGAACUGUCAAAUCUGCCAUUAGAAACUGAAGAUGAGCUAGAUGAAUUUGAAAGAAAACUUACAACUAAUAAAGAAUUUAGAUUAAAACUGGUUGCAGAGCUCAAACGAUUUUCACGUAACACAUUGCCCAGUACUGUACGUAUUAUAAUGAGACAAUUGUUUAAAGAUGUACUACUCGAGAAGUAUAGCUACAAAGGUUUGAAGAAAAAGAAAGUAUUCUAUACAUUGGCUACAUGUACAGUUAUAUUUGGUGAGAAUUUGUUAUAUUAG